AUGGCUUCUGGUGGGCGGCGCGCGGGCAAGACCGGUGGACGGAGACGGUGCAUGAUCAUAACUUCAAUCAUUGUUGCGCUCGUGGUCAUCGCCCUUGCUAUAGGCCUUGGGGUCGGUCUAGGUCGCGACCAUGGCGGCGGUAGCUCGUCCGGCUCUUCUUCAGCAUCACCCGCAAGUGGCACGCCAUUACCAUCGCCUCCUGCCAACGGGAGCAUUUAUCAGCCAGCAGUGAACAGCACCUGGCAGAUUGUGCUGCAAAAUCCGAUCAAUGUAUCUACUACGAUCACGCCACAUGUGGAUGUCUACGACAUUGACAUGUUCACCAAUCCGCAGAGCACAAUCCAGUCCUUGCAGCAAGCUGGCAUGAAAGUUAUUUGCUACUUCAGCGCGGGCUCGUAUGAACCGAGUCGGCCGGACUCAGGAGACUUCCAAGCAGCCGACAAAGGCAAAGAACUUGCUGGCUGGCCAGGAGAGUACUGGUUGAACUUGAACAGCACCAAUGUUCGCCAGAUCAUGGUGAAGCGGAUGCAGCUGGCUGCACAAAAGGGCUGCGAUGCUGUUGAUCCGGAUAACGUGGAUGGCUACUCCAACGACAAUGGUCUGGGUUUGACCCAGCAGGAUUCUAUCGACUUCGUGCAGUUCUUGGCUGAGCAUGCCCGCAAUCUCAGUCUAGCAAUUGGGCUCAAAAACGCAGGAGAUAUCGUGCAGAAUGUUCUACCGGUAGUACAAUUCUCUGUCAAUGAGCAGUGCAUACAUUACAGCGAAUGUGCCACCUUCGCACCUUUCGUCGCGGCCGGCAAGCCAGUCUUCAACAUCGAGUAUCCAAGUGGCGCUGGCUCGACCAUCGCAGUCGAAAAAUAUCAGACCAUCUGCACAGACUCUGGAAACGCAGCGAACAGUACUGAUUUCAGCAAAGUUAUGAAGACUAUGGACCUUACUGGCUGGGUGGAAUACUGUAAUGGUAGUGUUUUUGAUACAUCGAUGUCUUCUAGCUGA